GGUGACUGGUGUGUGGGUAUGUGGCUGCACACCGGUGCUGAAGCUGGGCAUAUCGCACGAGAGGCAGCUCGCCGGGUGCGGCGGCGCAGGUGCCGCCGCCGCCCCGCGCCGCGCCGCGCCGCUAUUGGCCGCGGCCCCGCGCCCGCCGCCGAUUGGGCGCAGCGCACGUGCGCGGACUACCCGCCGCCACCUGGCCGUCGCUGCCGGGGAGCGCAUAUAAGCGCGGCCUUCCCUCACCGCACCACACCCGAGCUCCGGACGUCGAAGAGCGCACACGUCACUCGCGUCCCGAACACGACACCGCUAUUACGACUCCGGCGCAACGUACAUGUUUUGGACUGUUACAUUUGUGAACUUGUGAUACGAUUUUAUACCGGACGUUUAAUAAAAAUAAUUCUUUGUUAAGUGCUUGUGAAAAAGUGAAGAUGCUCGUUGAGGAUUCGCAAAAUUCUCGCGCAAUGAUGACGAAAAAAUAUGCGCACUGUCCGCUGAAGAAGCGGCCGGUGUUGGUGCGGGAGGAGCGGCCGGCCACGCCGCCCACUACGCCGCCGCACCCCGCCCACCUCGCCACUACACUUUAUUAUGACUAUCCUUCUUGUGUUUCGGAAAAUGACGAACCAGAAAACCUGAGCACGAAACCAGAAGACUUAUCGAAGACCGGCAAUUACCCAAAUAAGGCGUCGUCGCCAGUGGCCGCAGCGGCCAUCAAGGCGGAGCCCCGCGAGUGGCCCCAGCACCAGCUGGAGUACCUCGCCGCCUGCAGAGCUCGCCUCGAACCCACUCCGGCGCCGAUCGAACUCGCACGCCCCACACCUCAGUACGCCUAUCUACCUGCACUCUACGCCCCCUACCCAAUGGAAGAAAUUUACCCUACCGCGCCCUCCUUAUCACCGCCGGUCCAUUCUCACCUUUACUCCCGAUAUUCGCCUGCGUCCCCACCGUCUUCUAUUUCGCCUCCUCCAUGUCCCGAAGAUCUCCGGUCUCCCGGCUCAGUAUCUUCAGACUCCGGAGUAUCUGUGUCCGGCCAGAGACGCCCUCGCUACCAGUGCCCAGACUGUGCAAAGUCUUACUCCACUUAUUCCGGUCUCUCUAAGCAUCAACAAUAUCACUGCGCGGCCGCCGAGGGGAGUCUCGCGCGCAAAUCCUUCAGCUGCAAGUAUUGCGCAAAAGUAUACACUUCGCUGGGAGCCCUCAAGAUGCACAUCCGUACGCACACACUGCCCUGCAAGUGCCACUUAUGUGGAAAGGCUUUCUCUAGACCGUGGCUCCUACAGGGUCACAUUCGCACCCACACAGGAGAAAAACCGUUUUCUUGCCACCACUGCCGCCGGGCGUUCGCCGACAGAUCGAACCUGCGAGCUCACCUGCAGACGCACUCUGAUGUUAAGAAGUACUCCUGUUCCGGGUGCGGCAAGACAUUUUCCCGGAUGUCGUUGCUGAGCAAACACUUGGAGAGCGGGUGCGGCAGCCCCGGCAGCCCGCCCUUCGAGUACCGGCCCGAAGCGCUGCCCGCGGCGCACGCGCACCAGCCGCACCAGCCGACGCCGACCAUUCAUGCCUACUGAAAAGACUGACUUAUAUAGCCGUAUUUGCAGAAGUUGAGAUCUCGUUUUCAAACUACUAUCACUCGCUGUUAUCACCUUUAAAAAUCUUAAACUAUCCUUAAAUAUUUCUAAUUAUUUAAACUUUGUAAAUGUUUUGAGAAGAAAUUGUGUGCAUAGAUUAUUUGUAAAUACUAGUUUUAAGUAUUUUGUUACAAGUGCUGUAAGGGACCAAUAUACAUAUAUUGCAUACGAUAAUUAUUGUAAGUUAGGAUAAGUUGGAUAUCACAGAGAUAUCUCGCCGCCAUACCAGCGGCUUCGCUAGUCAUGUGGCAUUUGCCGAGUGUCAUACACUUGUAUAAUAUAUUCGUAUCCUAAGCCAUGUACAAAGUGCCUUAAUUAUAAUACAAUACUUAAUAUAUUUCAUGAAAAUUAUAGCAGUAUGUUUAUAAGACGGUAUUAUUUAAAUUAAAGCUAUAUAAAACAUCGACACCUACUCACGAGGCUAUAUUUAAGCCGACUGCCGAAUUGCGUUCCUUUCUGUUACCUCUAAAUCAGAGAAUAAUAAAGUAUACUACAUUGAAAA